AUACUCAAGUUUCUGGUUGCAACAAUGACGAAAUCUUCAAAACCAGGGAGUGAACACGUCUUCGAGACAGUGUAGCCUGAGCUGCAAUGGUUUCGCCGUAAAAACAGUAGUGCAGCCUCAGUUUCUUCAUGGUAGGAGCGGUUGUUACUUCCCCUCUUCCAGGCCCCCUCCUCCGACCCCCCCCCCCCUCUGCACUAUGUCUACUUUUUUUUAACAUCCCUGCUUACGUUUGCCUGGCAUCGCUUGAUUUCCGCAUUCCCAAAUCCUCCCAGAUUGGGAUCACGUUUAAAGUCGGGCUGAUGCAACGAUUUCCACUUUUUAAAAUCUACUCCCGACCCUCGGCCGACCAGAAGAGAGGACAUUUGUUGCACCUGGGAUCAAAGUCAGCUGUGGUCAAGGCCGAGCCUGACGCAAUGCCGGGACAAAUCCCAGAUCCCUCUGUGACAGCGGGCGCACUGCCCAGCCUGGGCCCGCUGGCUGGGAUCUCCGCCACCACGCUGACGGACAAGCUGAGGUUUGGCGAUCUCCACGACAUCGGAACAAUGUUGUCACCCCUGCUUUUCCUGGACACUCUGGGAAAGAGGCCUGUAGUCAUCAAAACUGAGAGAGAUGAAGAGGAAGAGAGGAGGAAACGAAGGCGAGAGAAAAACAAAGUGGCUGCAGCUCGAUGUCGAAACAAAAAGAAGGAGAGAACAGACUAUCUACAAAAGGAGUCAGAACGAUUAGAGAUGUUAAACUCUGAUCUUAAAGCCCAGAUUGAGGAGCUGAGACUGGAGCGCCAGCAGCUCAUCCUCAUGCUUAACCGGCACCGCCCCACAUGCAUCGUCAGGACGGACAGCAUCAAAACCCCAGAGAGCGAGGCGAACCCCCUGCUGCAGCAGCUGGAGGCCAAAUGAACAAACGGGGACUUUCCUGUCGUUUACAUUCGAGGAGAAGCAGCAAACUAACAGCACUUCUGUUCAGGCGCUGCUUCUGAUACGCAGAGCGAUGGCCCACAAAGAGCAGAUCCAGUGGGACGGAUUCAGCAGAUCGGUCUCCUCAUUUCUCUUUUAAUUUUUAAGAAAUCACUUCUGCAUCAGCCAGGUCUUUGUGACAUAUAACAAGGAAAAUGGAAUGCAGGUCUUGAGGAAAGUUACCUGUUACGCAGUUAGUUGGCUGUUUUACGAUAGCUUUACAUUUUAUAACAUUUAAAAUGAAGAAAAUGGAAAAUGUCCAUUAUGCAAAAAAUUGCUUCAUUUCAACUCAGUAUUUUAAUACUUUGCUCUGAUGUCUAACUUUAUAUAUGGCAGGAGUCUGCACAAAUGUAUUUUCAACACAAUUUUAAUACGGAACUACCGAAAUCAACUGUUUUGAUGUUUAUGUGAGAAAUCUUACAUGGAUUAUCUUUGAUCUCUUAAACUAAAUUGAGGAAAAUCUACAAAAUUAAAAGAAACUUUUAAUAGAUAAGAUAACUACUGUGAUGCAUAACUACAUGUAUGCAACCAUUACAUAUUGAUUAAAUUACAAAUAUAUGAGAAAAAAAAUAGUAUUUACCAGUUAAUAGCACAUGUUUUCUGGUCCUUAUGCUUCUUUUCUAUUUGUAGAACAACCAAACCUGUUUUUUAUUGUUUUGGCGCAGGCGUCAUGUAUGCACAUAUAUAUAUAUAUAUAUAUACACACACACUCAGACAGUGUUUACAUUGUACUUUAUUUACUGUUUUCAUAUUAUUACAGCCAGUUAUGUUUGUUUUUAUAUAGAUAAAUAUUUACUUUUGUAUAUGUUGUUAUAUAAGCAUAUAAGCUAUCUGAAAAUACAAUUUUAUAUUUCCUGAAGAAA